AGAUCUCAUGCUCGACUCAGAAGCGAUCCACUGUGCGCAAGACUGCCUAAGAUCUCCGCACCACUCAAAUACGCCAAGUGGACGAUUAUUUGUUGCAAGUGUCUGUUACCACAAACCACGUCGCUAGAUCCGUGAUUCACUAUCCAUGAAAAUUCUAAACGAACGAUGAUAAAAGUAAGCAUUUCUGACUGAGGCUAUCCCAAAAAAAUCACCUCCCGACCAAUUACCUUGUACCAGGGAAACGAGAAAAACGUAUCUACAUUUACCUACAUUGUAGAUAUCAAAUCUUCGGGACAAGAUGGCAACCGCUAAGAACAUCUCCAAGAAGCGCAAGUUCGUCGCCGAUGGCGUCUUCUACGCCGAGUUGAACGAAUUCCUCACCCGUGAGCUCGGUGAGGAUGGAUACGCAGGUAAUCCAUUGCGUAGGUUUUUCUAAAAGAUCAAGAUUCGACAUUAGUCGCCGUGUUCAUGUUUAGAUCCGCAUGUUUUUGGCGUGCCCUAGUACUCAAUCGUGCCCCUGCUAAAUCACUCCGGCGGGCUUUGCAACUACUGUCCAGUUUAGAUUCUACGCUGCAUUCGCGGAAUAUCUCUACCACGUGCCAGACUUGAAUAUCUUUCUUAUCAGCAUUAUCCAGAUUGAAAUCGAACAUAGAAAGUCGCCUAGCUAACCGUCUUAAAACUUAUCACGAUCUAGGUGUCGAGAUCCGUGUCACCCCGAUCCGUACCGAGAUCAUCGUGCGUGCCACCCGCACCCGUGAGGUCCUCGGUGACAAGGGACGCCGCAUCCGCGAGCUGACCUCUUUGGUCCAGAAGCGCUUCGGAUUUCGUGAAAACUCCGUCGAGCUCUUCGCAGAACAGGUUAAGAACCGUGGCUGCUGUGCGAUGGCCCAGGCCGAGUCCCUGCGCUACAAGCUUCUCGGUACUUCAAUUUGGGUUUGCAGGUGUUGGAAAAAAUUUAGAGUCUGUUGUAUCGAAGACAGGAUAUGAAUUUUGCUUGGUAAGAUAGCGUGCGCGAACCAUUCCCAAGUAACCCACACGAUCUUAUGAAUCAACCUUUUCACGAACGACGCAUCAGGUGGUCUUCCGGUCCGCCGCGCCUGCUACGGUGUGCUGAACUUCGUUAUGCGCAACGGCGCCACCGGUUGCGAGGUGAUCGUCUCCGGAAAGUUGCGUGCCCAGCGUGCCAAGGUUAUGAAGUUCCGCGAUGGCUACCUCAUCUCUACCGGUGACCCUAAAAACCACUACAUCCAAGAGUCCGUGCGCCACGUGCUCAUGCGUCAGGGAGUCCUCGGCGUCAAGGUAUUUUCUUAUCAAAUCUAGGUCUGUUGCUUCAAGUAUUUAGCUAGCUGCCAAGAAAGGCAGUGGACCUCAGACCAACCAAUCUAAAAAACUCUGCACCGUACAGAGAAAUGUCGCCCCACUUGAUACGCUCGCGUAAUUUUUCAUGUCGAUUCGCAUGUUUCAAAUUUUCUUCCCGCAGGUCCGCAUCAUGCUUGGGUACGAUCCGACCGGCGAGCGCGGUACGGAUCACCUCAUGCCGGACAAGAUCACGGUUCACGAGCCGAAGGAGACCAAGAUUCCGGCCUUCGUUCCGCAGGAAGAGCCGAUGGCUGCAGUCGUUCCGGAGGAACCAGUCGUCGAGCAGGACGCGCAGGCCUACGGACAGACCGCCACCGCCGAUGCGGACUGGUAAAUUUUUCGUUGUCGUUCGGAAGCUGGGACAGGUGGAUCGGGUUGUAACUGGUAGCUACUGGCCAAUGGAUUGACGGGGCUGCGAUUUCUCUGCGGAUUUUGAAACGGUCGGUGUUUUCUGCGGAUUGGUAGAUGCUGGCUCUAGGGUUUUGCCGCAUACCGCGUUUGCGUUAGUAACGGCGGACUGAGCAGUGAUAGAAGCAUCCUGAAUGUUAUAAACGAGCCAUCUAAAGAUGAAGCCUCGCCAUAAGAAUCAUAUGUCCCGAAGAACAAAGUGAAAAGCGCGAGUCCUGCGCGCGAGGCUGGAGCGCUCCCUCUCCUGCUCAUCGAUGUUUCUACGGUGUUCGUGUCGGUUGUUGUCUUCAUGAUCCCUUUUGAUCGGUUCAAUGCUGCACGCGCCUUCGCAU